AUGAUGUUCAAACUGAGCACCGCUCUUGCCGUCGCCGUUGCCGCGGCCGGUACCAACGCCCUCUCUGUGCUCGUCCCAAACUCCCAAUGGUGGUGGCAACGAAACGACCAAGCUCUUCUCAGCUGGGAUUGCACUGACAAGUCGCACCCAACGUUCUCCGUCGUUGCUAUCAACUCGAACGUGACGCUCUUGAGUGCCGGUCUCUCGGUUCUUGUUGGCCAACAGGACAACACGAUGUGCACGACCAACAUCCUCCCUGACCUCAUCCCCGGAAAGGGCUACAGGAUCACCCUGACGAACAUUGUCAACUAUACUGACAUCUACGCCACGAGCGAGGAAUUUGAAGUACACGAGAAAGGCACUCCCUAUCCUUCUGUUUCUGCUUCUACUAUUCCUGGAGCUUCUGCGCCGGCCACUGGCUCCGCUGCCUCGGCCAGUGCCACUGCGCACUCUGGAGCGUCCUCCGCUCAAGUUGGAUUGUCGGUCGGCGGCGUUCUCGCCCUUACCGGUAUCAUCACCGCUGCUCUCGGUGCAUGA